AUUCUCUUUCGAGGUUAUGUUGUCAUUUAACAUGGUUCAGGCGUGUGAAUUACAUUUGAAUUAUAAAAAGAAUUAAUCAAUUGAAUACAUAUUAAAAAUAGCAGCAAUGGAUGAAUUAAUUGUUGGAACAUAUGAAGGAUUUUUGUUAGGUUACUCUUUACGGCCUGAAGAUGAGGCAACAAAAUUAAAACAAACAUUCGCCACUCAUUCACACACUGCCUCUGUAAGGUGUAUUUCUAUUGCCGGGAAAUUUUUAGCAUCUGGUGGCACUGAUGACAAAGUUGUCGUCAUAGAUUUGAAAACGCGAAAAGAGCAUACUGUUCUUAUGAACCACGAUGGAACAAUAAACGCAGUAGCAUUCACACAUGGUGGUACACACUUGCUAACUGGGAGUGAUGAUGGCUCUAUAAUUGUGACAAGAACUGGUAAUUGGCAACUCGAAAAAGUUUGGAAAAAAGCCCAUGGAGGGCAACCCGUAACAGCCAUAGCAGUUCAUCCAUCAGACAAAUUAGUCCUUAGCUUAGGAGGAGACAAAACUUUAAGAACAUGGAAUCUUAUUAAAGGGAGACCAGCUUUUACCAUCAAUUUAGCUAGUAAAGGUAUAACAUUACCAACAGAAAUUAAGUUCUCACCAGGCGGGGAUAGAUUUUCCCUUGUCUCGCAGCAAACUGUUGACCUAUGGAAAAUAAGUGAAGCAGGAUUGGAAAAGCGUAUAACAUGCAAUUCCAAACCAACAACAGUACAAUGGACCACUGAUGAACAAGUCUUUGUAGGACUAGAAAAUGGCAAUAUUUUAAGUGUAAGUGUAUCUGAAACACAAGCACAGACAUAUCCUGCCCAUAGAAAACGAGUAAAAUGCGUACAUUUUGAAAACAACAUGCUGUACACUGCAUCAAGUGCUGGUGAAAUAAAGGCUUGGUCAGUUGAUGAUAAAAAAUUGAAAGAAAUCUGUUGUGCCAAUGCAGCAUGUCGAAUCACAUGUGUUGCACUAAAUAGGCAAAGUCAUUUAAUAAAAAAAGAAGAAACAGAUGAAGAAAAUGACAAUGAGAAGGAAGAAGUUGAGAAUGAAGAUAGUAACAGUGAAGACUCAAAUAAUGAAGAUACUCCAAAACCUCCAAAAAGGAAAGUUGGUGCUUUUGUUACAGUCAGCUAUGGUGAAGAUGAGGACAAUAAAACUGAACAGCAACCUCCAGCUAAGAAGGCAAAGAAAAAGCGAAAAAAUAAGAAAUCCAAGAUUAAAAAUAAUGGUUAAUUGAA